UCAUUCUCAGCUAGAAACCAAAAACCAUGGUAACUUCAUGUUUCAGCUUCGUUUCUUUCUAUGAAAAAUAUCAUAUCAAAACAUUCAAAUCAUGUAACCUUUCUUCCCAAUGCGUCAAAAUCGAUUUUGAAACCACAAUUCAUCUAUGGAAACCAAACACCAAAACUGCUAAUAAACCAGCAUUAAUCUUGAUUCAUGGUUUCGGUGCAAACUCACUUUGGCAAUGGCGUUAUCAAGUCGAAACUCUCUCAGCCCAUUUCUCUCUUUACAUUCCUGACUUACUUUUCUUCGGAAAAUCAACAACGGCUUCAUCUGACAGAAGUGAGAUUUUCCAAGCAGCUUGUUUAGUUAGAGUAAUGGAGUGUUUAGGAGUGGAGAAAUACUCUAUUAUAGGUACAAGUUAUGGUGGUUUUGUUGGUUACCGUAUGGCAACUUUAUGGCCUAACCGAGUUGAAAAGAUUGUUAUUGCGAGUUCGGCUGUUAAUAUGAGAUUGAAAGACAAUGAAGAUUUAAUCAAGAAAAGUGGAGUUGAGAAAAUUGAGGAUUUGAUGAUUCCGGUUAGGGCUCCGGAGCUGAGAACGUUACUGAGUUUCGCGGUGCACAAACGCUUACAUUUUUUGCCUGAUUUUCUGCUGAAUGAUAUGAUCAAUAGCUUGUUCAUUGAAAACAGGGAGGAAAAGAAGCAGCUCCUAUAUGGAUUAACGCUUGGACGGAAAAACAGUGUUGAUAUCUCUCGUCUACAACAGGAGGUUUUAAUAGCGUGGGGAGAACAUGAUAAUUUGUUCCCACUGGAGAAAGCUUAUGAGCUUAAGGAGCUACUUGGAGAAAAAGUUAGUUUGGAAGUUAUCAAGAAGACAUCCCAUACCCCACAAAUUGAAAACCCAAAGCUGUUCAACAAUAUUGUUUUGACAUUUUUACCGUCAUUAUAAUGAUCAGCUUGCUGACAAUCACCAAGGCGCGAGGUCGUUUUAAUUCCUGUCUAUCCUACGUGAUCUACAUAUAUGUAAUGAUAAUUUAUAGUGUUUGUGAGAAACUACAGCUUAAUUUUGAAAACUCUAUAUAUC